AUGAUGUCGGCGCCAUACAAUCUUGUACAACAGCGUUUCACGUCCUACAACAACUCCAAAUUUGCCAUCAUGUCAGAAUCUGAAGAAAUGGUCAUCAUAUUAACAGGCGCUUCGAGGGGCAUCGGCCUAGCAGCAGCCCAUCACCUCCUCUCCCACUCGCACAAGCUUGUUCUCGUGUCCCGCACUGCAUCUGCCCUCACCCAGCUUCGCGACCAGUACGGCGCCGACAAAGUCGAAGUUGUCGCCGGUGACCUUUCCGACCUCGCUAUCGCCGACCAAGCGGUUCAAGUCGCGCAUGACCGAUUCGGUCGACUCGACGGACUCAUAGUCAACCAUGGAUCGCUAGAUCCUGUGAAGAAAAUCGCAGACUCAAAUGCUCAAGAGUGGAGCAAAGCAUUCGAUAUCAACGUUUUCAGUGCAAUUACUCUAAUCCAAGCUGCUCUGCCCUCACUUCGCAGAACUCAAGGCCGCAUCAUCCUCACAUCCAGCGGAGCCGCUGUGAGCGCUUACCAAGGUUGGGGCGCCUAUGGUGCGGGCAAAGCAGUGCUCAAUCAUCUUGCCCUGACACUCGCGGUUGAAGAACCCGACGUCACGACGAUAUCUAUUCGCCCGGGCGUUGUCGACACUGAGAUGCAGCGAGAAAUCAGAGAGCUGCACAACAAGACCAUGAGCGUUGAAGAUGCCGCAAAGUUCGCUGGACUUAAGACGAAUGGGGGUUUACUAAAGCCGGAGCAGCCGGGGCAUGUUAUUGCGAAGCUUGCGGUGGCUGGGGGAAAGGAUUUGAGUGGGAAAUUCUUGAGUUGGAACGACGAGGCCCUGGGGAUCUUUCAAGACGUGGCUUAA